GCAGCAACCAGGAAGCUCAGAGGCUAUCAAGUACCUAGCUGAGAAUGGAAAUAAUGAAGGUGAUGUGAUGAAUCUCCACAGUUUCCCCGUCAGGCCCCUCCCAACUCCAGUAUGGCUUGGAGCUCUGGGCCCUUUGGCAGUUUGGCUGGUGGUUUUCUUUUUCUACCCCACCAGAGCCUAAACACAAUCUGAUCUGGUCCACCAGAUUUUUUUUUUGGAUGUUAGACAACUCUUCCACCAACUGUUUCUCUACGCUGUUUGGAUAGAAGGAAGCCUGGAUUAUUUACGCCUUGUUUUCUAGCCGGGAUUCUGUAUAUUUCCCUAGAGUCCUGCCCGAACCCAAAAAAAAAAAGCAAGAGAAAAGAAAAGAAACUGAUCGCAUGCGGCCCUCAAAACCCCUCCCAGUCCCCGAGGAGUGGACAAAUCCAGAUGCCUACGUCGAAGCCUUACUAUCAUUCGCCACUUCGUCUGAUCUUUUUAGGCACCUUUGCGGAGGUGUACAUAUGCUGGAUUUUCUGACACGAGAGCCGGAUCUUUAUACCUCGCUCCUACCUGAGCAUUGGCGCGUAUUUUUUGACCAGCAUGAUCUUCAAGACGUCAUUGAUCUGAUGUUGCGAGAUGACAUUGAGCCGCUGUUGACUGCGCACAAACAAGGAAAUGACACAGAAACGCAGGGGUGGAAAGGAGCAGGGUUGCCUCCAUUGGAUCUUCUGGAGUACAUCCAACAGAUUCGAAGGCUUAGCCUACACCGGGACUUUACUCCCCAGGAGGCAGGUACCCCUUCUAUACCCAGACGGAUCGCGGUGGGGAUGAAGGUGAAAAAAUACCAUGAGGUGGCACAUUUUUCGAAAUACGUCGACACACUAUGCAACACCGUCAACAAGGAACGGGGCGAGGACAUAACACACAUUGUGGACUUUGGGUCCGGUCAGAGCUACCUGGGUCGGACACUGGCCAGUCCUCCGUACAAUAGGCACAUUGUUGCAAUUGAGCGAAAGCACCAAUUUAUCAGCGGUGCCAAUCGUAUGGACAUUUACGCCAAGCUUAGGGAAAAGAAGAAGGUCCAACUAUACAACAAAAAGCUGGCCACUUGCACAACCUGCGAAGAACCUGAAGCUCCUGCAGCGGGGAAUUCGGAUUCCAUGCGCCCGCGGGAGCCAGAAACUAGCAACCUUGAUGUAGAUGACUCAAACGAAACCCCAGAGGACGAUGAGGAGAGCCUUACGGAGAUUAAUAUUUUUCGCAAUAUUGACAUAGCCCAAGGCGAGGUCGGCUCUCCUCCUGCGCGCAACGGUGUCAUCGAAAAGCCAGCUGCCAACACGAGUACGCCAAGGGGUGCCAUGGACUAUAUCGAACACGAGAUCAAGGAUGGAUACUUGGAACCAAUUAUCGAAAACGUUAUUGCUACUCCACUAGCUACGAUAAAUCCUGUGGGAACAACAGAGCGGACUGAGAGGCCCACGGAUGCGAGAGUUAUGGUUGUCUCGUUGCACUCGUGUGGCAACCUUCUCCAUCACGGAAUUCGAGCCUUGACUUUGAACCCUUCAGUCAAGGCGAUUGCUAUGAUUGGUUGCUGCUAUAACUUGGUGACCGAGAGACUUGGACCGGCUGCGUUUAAACUCCCCGUUCUACGAUCAAUGCAUGCUCGAUUAUCCCAGGAUGCUUCUGCCUUCGACCCCCAUGGGUUUCCGAUGUCGAAGCGCCUGGAAGUCUUUGAGCACGGUAGUGGGACCGGGGUGAAGUUGAACGUCACUGCAAGGUCAAUGGCCGUACAAGCGCCUUAUAACUGGGGUAGAGUUGACAGCGAUGAUUUCUUUACCCGCCACUUCUACCGCUCCCUUCUCCAGCGGGUUCUCGUGGACCGUAAAGUCAUAGCAAAGCCAGGUGUCCCCAAGGAUUUGUACAGUAACAACCCUGAAGACAGCGAAGCAAUCAAAAAUCCCCUUAUUGUUGGGUCUCUGCGAAAGUCGGCGUUCGAUUCUUUCACAGCAUAUGCUCGGGCAGCUGUUGCGAAGCUCGGCCGGGAUCCCUACUUCGGUCCAAAGGUGAGAGACGGAAUGGCCAACAUUUCUGACGAGGAGCUUGAGCGCUAUGUGACAGAAUACUGGCCUGCGAAGAAAAAGCUCAGCGUCACCUGGACCCUCAUGUCGUUUAGCGCUGCCCUAGUGGAGGCUAUUAUUGUCGUUGAUCGGUGGCAAUUCCUGCGUGAAAACGAUUCGGUCAAGGAUUGCUGGGUUGAGUCUGUGUUCGACUAUGGAGAGAGUCCCAGGAACUUGGCUGUUAUUGGUAUCAAAAAGUGAUUUCCAUAAGCAUCGACAGCGUCUGAAGUCCCAACAUUUUUGCAUGAUAGUCGAGAUAGAGAUUAUUAGUGUUUGGUUUUAGCAUCAUAUACCCGGAGGGAAAAGUGUUUGAUAGAUUACUGCAGCUAAAGCGGAUCCCACCCGAAUAGAAGAGAUAU